UAAUAGAAAUUCAAUUCCCACGGACUACUUUGACAAAUCCUCCAUUCUCCAUGUUUCCCCAGUGUUCAAAAAAAAAAAAAAAAGUACAUUUCUCUCCAGCCCCCGACUUGGAUCUCACUACCAUAGUUUCCGAUCAUCUCUGAUCUCAUCACCAUCACCAGUCACAAAACAGCACAAUAAAAAGUCAGAAAAAAAAAAAGGAGAGAAGGUUCCAUUUCUGGCAUCGGUUCUGCUCUUUCUCUCGAACCCUCCUUACUCAUCCGUUCCUCAUGUUCCGUUAGCUCCGUUCUUGAGCAGAUGGCCUGUCAUCCAGCAAAGAAGAGGAAGCUUCGCGGAAGGAGGGGUUAAGGAAGACUUGUGCAACAAACAUAUGAUUUUUCUUUGGGUGUUGAAGGAUUAGGGAGAGCGGCCGGCUGGAGAUUUGUUCCAGCCGAGAAGAGUUCAUCAUUUGCUGUUGAGUUUGAGUUCUGAGGGUCGAAUCUACGUUAAGGUAACUUUCUAACAGAGGGUUUUUAGGAAAAGUAGCGAAGGAGAUGAUAUGAGCCUGGUGCCAUGGAAGGGAUCCUCCCAUUAGAUCCGGAUCUAAUUUUUUCUAGUAUCAGGAAGAAUAUAGGUAUAAGGAGCAUAAGAGAAGUUGCAAAAGAAGUAGGGAUAGUCGAACAUAUAUGAUUGUGCUCAGAUCACAGUCCUGAUCUCCACAAGUAUCAUGGGAGGAAUGAAGAGUAGCAACGGCCAGUCUAAAGGAAAGCUCGACAUAGCCUUAACAGUAGGAGCCAAUCUUCAUGCAAGACAGUUCAUAGGAUUGAGAGUCAUGAUGAACGCAAUGCUAACAAUGAUUCUCUUAGACCAAGAAGUGUUUCACCUUGUAGCGGGCUUACUAAUUCUCAGAAUUAUUGAAGUAAUGCUUAUUAUCAGCAAAAUAUUGAGUCCUAGAGUUGGCUACAAGGAGAUUUUCUCAAGAUCUGGAACAAUCUUUAGAACAUUGCAUUGAAUAUCUUUACCUACCUACUUGAGCUUUAACUUGAGUUUUUUAUCUUUGAGUGAUCUUUGCUUGUAAUCCUCUUCUUGUUCUAUUAGUGUAUGUUCUUAGGGGUGUGAUUAUUCUUUCAAGAGUGAUCUAUUGAGAGCAUUCUUGGGGUUUACAUUGUAAAGGGGUGAGGUUUGAGAGAAAUAUUCAUCUUUUUGUAAAAGAAUUGAGUGGCUCCUUUAAGCCACCCUUGUCUUUUUUAAUGAAGAGUGUGGAGUAAA